AUGCUUAGGCUGCCGUGUUACUGCUGUGCGGCAGGGUGCCGGAACAACAUUGAUCACCCUCGAUCUAAGCCGUUGAAGGAUUUCAGAACGCUUCAGACGCAUUACAAGAGGAAGCAUGGGAUCAAGCCUUUCAUGUGUAGGAAAUGCGGUAAAGCCUUUGCAGUGAGAGGCGAUUGGAGGACUCACGAGAAGAAUUGUGGGAAGCUCUGCAAUGUUCCCUCAAACACUUUGCAGCUGAGCUUGAAUGACUUUGACCUCGACUGGAAUAGAAGUUUCCCUUUUGCUGGCCCAAAGAGACAAGACUUGGAUCGUGAUCUUGUUAUGUUAACAGCUCUAAACAAAGAAGAGUAUAAUUGA